CAAACGUUUGCCACUUUGAGAACGAAACGACGCGCGCGUGUUACUCGCUCGUGUGGCAGUCGUGCUCGUGUAUUGUCGUAUUAAGUUUGCUCCGUUUAUACACGAGCAACCGUAAUAGUUUAUUUCUUUAAAUCAUAUUGUUAUUAUUAUUAUUAUUAUUCUUAUUAUUAUUACAUCUUAUAUAAUAAUGCUACAAUAUUAAUUAUUGUUAAUGUAUAUUGGUUCGUGUAUCAAGGUUUAAAUUUGAAAAAAAUAAUUCAAUCCUUUUUUCGAUUUUGAAGAAAAACAAGUGUUGGUGUCAAAAGUUUUAUUAUUCAUAGUUUAUUAUAUAAUUAAUUAAUUAUUUAUUUAUUUUUUAUUGAAUGACAAAAAAUGAAAUAUGGAAGUGUUAAUUGAUACAAGUGAAUAUUUAGUGUGGAUCAGUUUUUGGGCUUUCAGCUAGAUUUUUAAACAUUGAAAAAAAAAUUUUGAAAAGCCUCAAAAGACAAUCAUGAUACAAACGGUAAUUUGUUCAUGUUUUUAAGUGAAUGAAUGAAUUUAAAUUUCGAGUAGUAUUGAGUAAUGUGACAGUGAUAGUGAGACAUUAAUUGGAACAAAAUACUUAUCAGCUGCAUAGUCGUGUCGGUGUUUGUGAUGAUAUGAUAAAAUUGAUGAAGAAAAAUAUAUAUAUAUAUAUUUUGAAUAUAUUGUGAUUUUAUAUGAUCUCAUUGAAUAGAAAUUGUACUUUAAAAUAGUGUGUGAUUGUUUAUUAAAGACAAAUAAAAAUUAGAAAAAAAAAAGUAACAACAUUUCGUCUUGUGAAGACAAGAGUUUAGAUAUUUUAUCUGAAAAAUUAGUUAAAUUGUUGGACAAAUGGAUCACGGAGCAAUGGAUAGUUCGUCGGAUCACAGUAGUCGUGCAAGUCCAGUAACUGGUAGUCCGAAGCAUCCCCAUAGUCCGUCGGGUCAACAUCACAGUGCAUCACAACAACAGCAACAGCAACAACAACAGCAACAACAACAUCUUGGUAGUCAUCAACAGGCUUUAUCACAUCAAUCACAUCGUGAUCAAUUACGUGAACAUCAACAACAAUUAUUACAUCGUGGUGUACCAACACCAGGUUCACCAACACGUGGUUCACCACCACAAGUAUUAAGUCCACCACCAUUAUCAGCUGGUGGUGGUGGUGGUGGUCCAGGUAGUAUACAUGGUAUGGUACCAAGAAUGACAGGUAUACCACCACCUGAAUUACGUUUACUUGGACAACUUGGUGGUAUGUUAAGUGGACAUCAUGGUGGACCACUUGAUUUAAUGGCAGCAGCACAUCAUGGUGUAUUACCACCACGUUCAUAUAAUAGUCCACCACCAAUAAGUUCAAGUGAUCCAACAGCAAAUGAAUGUAAACUUGUUGAUUAUCGUGGACAAAAAGUUGCUGCAUUUAUUAUUACUGGAAAUACAAUGUUAUGUUUACCACAAGCAUUUGAAUUAUUUUUAAAACAUCUUGUUGGUGGAUUACAUACUGUUUAUACUAAAUUAAAGAGACUUGAUAUUGUACCACUUGUAUGUAAUGUUGAACAAGUUAGAAUUCUCAGAGGUCUUGGGGCUAUUCAACCGGGUGUUAAUCGAUGCAAGUUACUUAGCUGCAAGGACUUUGAUGUUCUCUACAGGGACUGCACAACGGCCAGGUAUGCUGACGCAUUCAAAUUCCUUCCUGUUUAUAAUUUCAACAAUCGUAACUCUCUACCACUGUGCAGCUCCAGGCCAGGAAGACCACCUAAAAGAGCAUCAGUUGGACUAAGUUUGGCUGCAAGUCAUCUUGCUGCUGCUGCUGGUCAUCAUCCUGGGCAUCAACUUAAAAAACACAGACUCGACAAUGGAGAUUAUUACGAAAAUGGACAUCUAGACGUUUCAAGAAUGGAAAAAUCACCACUAUUAGCAAAUGGCUAUAAUCAACCACCAACUCACCUCAGUCACAUGCAGUAUAUGCAACUUGGUGGACAUCCUGGAGCUGGACAUACGGCAAUAUUAUCACCAGCAAAUCUUCCACAUCAUCUUCAAGCACAAGUUCAAGCACGUGUUGAACAAGGUCUCAAAGUAAAUCCAAAUAUGUCAAAUAUGGAAGCUCUUGCAAGAUCUGGAGUGUGGGAAAAUUGUCGAGCAGCCUAUGAAGAUAUCGUAAAGCAUCUUGAAAGGUUGAGAGAAGAAAGGGGUGAUGCAGAAAGAGCACUUGCAUUGGAUCACAAACCACGAGAUUUAAGUUCACACAAUGGCUCAUCAAAUGGUCAUAGUCCAGUAUUAAAUUUAUCAAAGACAGCUGGAAGUGGAAGCAUUGGUGAACCUUCAGGAAGUGAAGGUGCUCCAUCUCAUCGUUCACAUGAUGAUGAAGAUGAAGAUGACAAUUUAUCUGAUGAUCUUGAAGAUGACAAUGAAAAAGACGAAGAUAUGUCAGAUAUGCCGGAAAAUAUUCCUCUAGCUGUACCAGGUUCAGAAAGUCCUCAGGCAUUGAAUUAUUCGCAGAUUGCCUCAGCAGCAGUUGCUGUAACACAAGGUGGACAAGAUCCAUCAGUAUCAAGUACUGAAACAUUAUUGAGAAAUAUACAGGGCCUACUUAAAGUUGCUGCCGAUAAUGCACGUCAACAGGAACGUCAAAUAAACUAUGAGAAAGCUGAAUUAAAAAUGGAUGUGCUGAGAGAAAGAGAAGUCAAAGACAGUCUAGAUCGUCAAUUACAAGAUGAACAAAAAACACGAAUUUUGUAUCAAAAAAGAUUGAAAAAAGAAAGAAGAGCGAGAAGACGUCUUCAAGAAACAUUAGAUCUUGAAAUUAAAAGGCGUAAUCAAUUAGAAGAAGCACUGAAAGCAACGGGAGCAUCAUCUGAACAAGUCAAAGCAAUUGCUGAAAAUAUAAAUGCUGAAGCUCGUACAAAAUUAGAGCCAGUUGAUGAUUUAUCAGGACAUUCGCAAUCACAAUCUCAAUCAUCCCAACAACAACAACAACAACCACAACCUUCUCAACAGUCGCAACAAUCACAGCAACAACAGCAACAACAACAACAACAACAACAAAGUCAGUAUAGGGAAUCCCAGGUGUCACGUCCACCACAACAACCAACAACACCAGACUCAAUAAAACCUGGCUGGGGCUAUGGACUGGACCUGAUUGGUGGUCAGGCUUCCGCCUUCUGGCAAAACUACCAAGAAUCGCUAGCCCAGGAACUGGAGCAAGAAAGGAAGUCGCGACAACACCAGACAGCCGAGAGGGAUCAAGUCAAGUCACCACUUCAAGGUGCGUCAGAUUCUCCUAAGAUUACGCUGAAAGCAUUUAUUCACUGAAUCAAAAACCAAUAAAUUCAGUCAAGGACAGGUUAUUAUAAAAAUUCAGUGCUGUUUACAAGUGCAACAUAGAAGAAAAAAAUACACGAUACAAGGUUUCAAUAAUAGCUCAUGCAUUUUUUUUCUACAAUUUCAUUAAAAAUGUAAAAAACACAAUAAUAUUAAUAAUAAUUAUUAUAAUCAAAAAUCACGACGAUAAUCAAUUUGAUAACGUCAAAAUUAAGUGUUCAAUGCAUCUUCAUAUUAAAAAAAAAAACAAAUAAAAAUAACAACAACAACAUUAUAAAUAUCUUCAAAGAAUAAAAAUAAUAAUGCUCAGUCGGAAGAAAAAUCAAUCGUGCAUACUGUAUAAUUUUUUUUUGUGGUAAAGAAGAAAAAACUCGUAUGACGUGUUUUUAUAAAUGUUAUUGUUGCUGAUUGUGAUUCAAUUAAUGUAGUCAUAUAGAAAUGAAAAUAUAAAGAUGAUGAUAUAGAUGAUUCAUCUCAUAGAGUCGUUCGACCAAUAAUAAGUCAGCGUAAAUAAAAUGAAACAAAAAAAGAAAAAUCAUUUGUAUAAGAUAUGAUAAUAAAAAUUAAACUAUAAAAAUGAUAAAAAAGCAAAAUUAAAUAAAAAAAAAAAUACAAAGAGUAUAUAAUUUAUAAAGACUGCUUGUGUAAGCUUGUGUUUGAAUGAAUGAGUUUCAAUUAAAAAAAAAAAAUAUAAAUAAUUUAUAUAAAUAAAUAAACAAUUAAAUUGUAUCAAUAAAAAUAAGUAGAUAAUUUUUAAGCUCUAUUUACGUCAAACAUAAUAUGACUCAUUUAAUAAUUGAAAAUAAUUAAAUCCCAUUGUACUUUAUAUUAGAAAUUAUUUCUUUUUGAAGUGAUAUUUAGUUUAUAAAAUGAGCGAUAAAUAAAGUAUGUGAGUCAAAUAUGUGUGUGACCUCGGCGUAAAUAAAUUGCAUUCUCUUUUUUGUCUUAAAAAAUUGUAAAAUACAAAAAAAAAAUCAACAGAAGAAUUGUAAUUGAUUGAGAAACAUAGAGACGUUUUUUUUCUAUAAAUCUUUUUUAUAAAAAAAACAUUUUAAUCUACCUUUUCUUUGAUCAAUAACGAAUUUUUUUUUUUUUUUUUUAAAUAAAUAAUAAAGAGAUUAUAACGUAUUUAUAUCGACAAUUUAAUUUUUAGCUGGAUAAUUAUUUUCAGUAUAAUGGGUUCAUAAAAAAAAAAAAAAAUUGAAUGAACAAUUAGAAAAGACGAACCAACAGAAUAAUUGAGGUAUUGAAGACUGAAAAAAAAAAAAAAAAAAUACAAGAAAAAUAAUAAUCGUUGUCAUAAUAAAAGAAAAAAAAGAUUUUUUUUUUUUUUUAAUCAAUUAAUUACAUAAUUUUUUUUGUUCAAAAAACGUGAAGUAUUUAAUUAUUCAUGUACAAAAUAUUUUACCAUAUAAGAUCCUUGUGUUGUAAAGUUCACAAAAUCGUAGAUUUUAGAUAAAAACCUAAGACUAUAAAAAUGAGUUUCAAUAUAGAAAGCCGAGACGCUAACCACCGAUAUAGAAAAAAAAUUUAAAAAAAAAAAAUAAAUAUAUAAAGAAAA